AUGAAAGAAGAUAAAGAGAUCCAAAAACAGCAAGAGGCAGGUAAAGUUACAAGAGAUGCACAGAAAGAGAGAGAAGAAAAUAACAGAGAAAUGCUAGGAUGUUUGAGAGAGAAAUACAGCAAGGAGCUAACUGUGGAGGUGGAGGUGGAAGGAACUGAGAAAAUCUCCAUGAUGGACUUGCUGAAGGGAGUAAAGAAGGAGUGUGGAGAGGUGAUCGGUUGCAGGGUGAGAGGUGAAAGGAUCUAUGAACUUACAAUGAAGAACAAUGGAGCAAAAGAGAAACUAAUGGAUGGAGUGAGGAUACAAGGAGUGAUGGUGACUGCCAGGGAUAUCAUUAAUAAUGACAUGGUGGUUUCCUUCAUCAACUUGCCGGUGUAUUUGGAGGAUGAGAAGAUACUCUCCAAACUGGAAGAGUGGGGGGUAAAACCACUCUCAUCAAUUAAACGUCGGGUAUGGCCUGGAACGGAUACUGUGGAUGGAACAAGGUUCCUAAAAGUUCGCUUUACGGAGCAGGUAUGUUCGCUUCCAUACUCCACAAAGUUUGAGACUCUGAAGGGCACAGAAUAUUUUCGGGUCAUCCAUGAUAGGCAAGUGCGUGUUUGCAGACUUUGCAUCAAGCCAGGGCACAUAUUCAGAGAGUGCCCUGAAUUUAAGUGCUUUAAGUGUGGCAAGAGUGGACACUAUGCAAGAGAUUGUGAAGAACGGAUGAGAACAGGGAGAGAGCGGAUGGAUAGACAAGAAGAAGGUGAAAGAAGAAACAAUAUUCUGACAGAGGAACAAGGCGAGAGGACAACUGAUGAUGUGGAAAUGCAAGGGACGGAUGGAGCUGUGCGAGAGAUAUGGGAUGUUCCAGAUGAAGCAAGCACACCAAAUGCAGGAAGCACAUCAAACAGCACAGAUGUAUUAACUUCUGCAGACAUUGUGUCAAAUCUCUCAUUGAAGAUAAUAAAAACAUCUUGCAGCAGAUUCAACAUAAAUAGAGCCGAUGUUUGGGAUGGAGCAAUUCGUGGAUUCAGACGUGCAUCAUACAACCCAUCACACGACAUGCUUGUUAAAUUCACAGAUGACGAAGGCACAACUGAAGAUGCAGUGGACACAGGUGGUCCCAAACGUGAGUUUCUAACCCUCCUAAUGGACUGUUUAAGGACACGGAGAAUCUUUGAUGGUCCAGCAAAUAGGAGAUUUCUCACCUUUAACAGUGCAGCUGCCAGAGAAGAUGAAUACUUUCUUGCGGGGCAGAUGAUUGCAGUUUCGAUUGUUCACGGUGGUCCAGGUCCUCGCUUCCUCUCAGAUAUGCUAUACAAUCACCUCACUGGAAGGACUGACAUUAAUGGAACAGCUGAAGAUAUAACAGAUGAGACCAUGAAGGCAGCUUUACUUGAGAUAUCUAGUGCAGCAUCUUUGGAUGAAUUACACAUGCUUAUGGAUAAGUAUGCCAGCUUGCUGCAGACUGCUGGAUGUUUUGAUUACCCACAAAGUGUAGAAGGCAAAGAAAACAUUGUUAAGGAUUUCAUACAGUGGUACAUAAUUUACAGAAACCAAUACUCCGUACAAAGAUUUAGCGACGGUCUUUCCACCCUGGAUGUCAUCCAUGCCCUGGAACAACAUCCAAGUGUAUUCAGACCCUACAUGUGCUACAAUUUUGAGAAACUAACACCUGAAUCACUGGAGGCUGUCUUCAAGGCUCAGCUCAGUGAAGUUGGUAGCACCAGACGACACGAAGAAACAAGGAUUCUAGGAUACUGGAGAGACUAUCUGCUUGACACUGGAGAACAAGAAACUGGAAUCUCCCUCCAGGACAUCCUGAUGUUUGUUACAGGACUGGAUUCACUGCCUCCUUCAACAACUGAUCCUCAGCCCCAACUGACUUUUGAGAGGACUUCUAAAUUUCCCAUUGCCAGCACAUGUGCCAAUACAAUCAAAUUGCCAAUGUCCAAAAGCUAUGAAGAGUUCAAAAAUGCAAUGGACUUUGGUAUCCAAAACUCACCUGGUUUUGGAUUGCACUGAG